AUGCACCCUCCAUGCCUUCUUCUACUACUAUUACUAAUUCUCUUCCACACCCAUCGAUUUGUGAUUGCGUUUUCUUGUCCGGAACCGAUUGGUUCGCGCCCAAAGUACUGCCGCAAGGAGUGCACCACUGAUGACGACUGCAAAAAGCAUAAACGCUGCAUGUGCGAUGGCGAAUGUGGUCUGAGCUGUGUGAACCCAGCUUCCACAUGUCAUCCACUAGCCGAAAUCGACAACGGGUAUAUUCGAACUGCUGGUGAAUUGAGAUUUGGGUCAAAUGCUGAAUAUGCGUGUAAUAAAGGCUUCGUACUAAUUGGUUCCUCUCAGCGAAGAUGUCAAGGCAAUCGAGAGUGGAGUGGAGCACAGCCUACAUGUCGACUGCAGAGUAUGAAAAUUUUAAGUGCAAGAUUAAGAUGCGGCCCUCCUCCCGAGAUACCGUAUGCUGUACAUGACGGUUCGUCAUUCUCAGGCGAAUACGAUCUGGAAGCUGAAGUUUCUUACUCGUGCGUACCCGGGUACCACAAAUUCUCUGCUAAGGUAAUUUUCAAGCUAGGCUGUUUCAUAUAUUUUGCUAUGUUUAUUUGGUUACCUAUUACUGAAAAAUUAGCGCAAAUCAUAUCCCUGGAUUAUUUGAAUGAACCAGAUGAUGAGAAAUAA